UGUAGGUGGAACGAUUUAGCGGGAAGACGUGCUUUACAAAUUUGCGUUAUUUUUCGCCGAUUUUGUCGCGAAUUUCGACUUGAAUUACACAAAUCGACCACAGAUCAAACACCAUGGACGAAGAUCUGCCGUAUAAAGUCGAGUAUUCGAAGAGUAACCGUGCGAACUGCCGAGUAUGUCGCCAGAAAAUCGAGUCCGGCGUUUUGCGAUUGGCCUUCAUGUCGCAGUCUUCUGCAUUUGAUGGCAAAGUUCCUUUCUGGCACCACAAAGAUUGCUUUUUCAAGAAGCAAAGGCCGAAGGCAUUGGGGGACAUUGCCAAGUUUGACUCUCUUCGACCUGAAGACCAAGAUUACAUCAGGGAGAGAGUUGAGAACAGAGCUAAUGGCAGCAGUGCAAGUGAGGAGCCAUCAAGUGGAAAGAAAAGCAAGAAAACCACCACUAAGAGAAAGAGCAGUGGCAAAAGGAACCUGCCUGAUUUCAAGUGUGAGUAUGCCGCAUCCAGUCGUGCGGUUUGCAUCGGCUGCGAGCUGAAGAUUGUCAAGGAUGAGAUCAGGAUUGCCAAAAUGGACUAUGAAACUGAAAAGGCCAUCCGAUUUGGAGGUUUUCCACGCUGGUACCACGUUGAUUGUUUCAUCCAAACCAGGGCCCAAAAUGAGUUUUGGGACUGCGUCGAUGCAAUUCCAGGAUUUAAUACUUUGAAACAAGAUGACAGGAAUGAACUGAAGAAGAAAAUACCAGCAAUGCAGGCGGUGAAAAAAGAAGAAAAUGGUGACGAGCCACCUUCAAAGAAGGUCAAGUCUGAGUUCACCGAUGACCAGAUGAGAGAGCAGAGCAAGAAACUUUUCAAGCUGAGGGACCAACUGGAAACUUUGAAGCCAAAAAAUCUGCAGGACCUUUUGGAGCAUAACAAACAACAGAUUCCUCCUGGAAAAGAGCGCCUGCUUGAUCUUCUUACAGACGUCAUGACUUUUGGAGCCUUAAAAAAGUGCCCGGAGUGCAAAACAGGCGAUCUCUACUACAGAAACGGCUUAUACCAUUGCUCCGCUGAGACUGAAUGGGCCAAAUGCACAUACAAAACCAAGGAUCCUGAGAGGAAGGAAUUCAAAUUGCCUUCGGCCUUCAGGGAAGACAUCCCAUUCCUAGCAAAGUACAAAUCAAAAGUGGGCAAACGACUGAUCCAGGAGUAUGAGCGCUCAGUGCCAUCCUCGUCAUCCACUGGUCCUACCAUAGUGAAGCCCAAGCCACCACUUGACCGCAUGGAGUUUGUCCUUCACACCCAUAUUUGCAAGGGCAAUGAGAAAGACGAGAUGAAGAAACAGAUUGUUCGUCUUGGCGCAAAGGCUGCUUCGAAGGUAUCUGAAAAGACGAUGGCUGUCAUUUCAAGCAAAGAAUGUAUUGAGAAGGGAGGCAAGCAGAUUGAAGAUGCUGAAGAGAUGGGGAUCCAAGUGGUGCCCAAGGAGUUCUUCGAAACUGUCCUCAACAAUGCCAAGAUUGAUAUCCCUGAACUGAUCUUGAAGAUGUCAAUUUCAAAAUGGGGCAAUGAUCCUAAGGAACGCAUGCCGCCUGAGGAAACUGAAGAGGAGAAGGCUAAGAAAUCAUUGAAGAAAAGUGGAAGCUUGGCAGACAGAUAUGCCAGUCAAGGCUCGAGCAAGAUUAAAAUCCAAAUGAAGAAUGGUGCCUACGUUGAUCCUGAAUCAGGCCUCGAGUCAAAAGGUCAUGUCUAUAGAGACGGAAAAGACAUCUACACAGCUGUCUUGAGCAACAGUGAUGUUUCCACUGGCAAGAAUUCCUUCUAUAAGCUCCAAAUUGUCGAGUCUGACCGCCGCAACAAGUGGUGGGUGUUUAAAGCUUGGGGCCGCAUUGGCACAAGUGUUGGCAAGAACAAACUUGAAGAGUUCAACGACCCUAAAAUCGCCAUUCUUGACUUUGAGGAAACAUUCGAAGAGAAGACUGGAAAUGAGUGGAGCAACCGGGCCAGCUUCAAAAAGCGGCCUGGUAAGUACUUUAUGCAGGAUAUUGACUUCGGCCAAGACCAGCAGGACAAGUUGAUCAAACUGGAGGACGGAGUCAUCCAGUCAAAACUGGAGCAGCCUGUUCAGGAGUUGAUGAAGCUGCUCUUCAACGUCGAGGCCAUGAGGGAGACCAUGCUCGAGUUUGAACUUGACCUGGAAAAAAUGCCUUUGGGCAAAUUGUCGCAAAGACAGAUUCGCGAGGCUUACUCCGAGCUGGCCAAGCUGCAGGAGGCUGCUCACGGAGACAAGAAGAUGAGCAAGAGCGAGCUCAUUUCCUUGAGCAACAAGUUCUACACCAUGAUUCCUCACAGUGCUGGUCUGGAUGCUCUGCCUUUGCUGGAUAAUGAGGAGUUGAUCAAGAACAAACUUGAAAUGCUGAACUCACUCAUGGAGCUUGAGGUGGCUUACAACCUGAUGAAGGUCAAGGAAGAAGAUAUGGAGAAGGAGAAGGUGUUGCAUCCUCUGGACUUGCAGUAUUCAAAGCUGAAAACAUCCAUCAGUGUUUUAGACCGCGAAUCCGAAGAAUUUGGUCAUUUACAGGCCUACGUCAGAAACACUCAUGCCGAGACCCACCAGCAAUACUCUUUGGACAUUGAAGAGAUAUUCAAGGUUGAACGCCACGAAGAGAAGAAGAGGCACAAGGUUCUGAACAAGUGGAAGAACAGGCAUCUUCUUUGGCACGGAUCUCGAAUCACAAACUUCCCAGGAAUUCUUUCUCAGGGUCUGAGAAUCGCGCCUCCUGAAGCACCUGUCACCGGCUACAUGUUUGGCAAAGGCAUCUACUUUGCCGACAUGGUUUCCAAGUCGGCCAACUACUGCUGCACCUCGAAGAACAACCCCUAUGGCUUGCUGCUACUGUGCGACGUGGCUUUGGGUAACAUCGCAGAACGCACUCAAGCGGACUUCAUUGACAAGCUGCCUAAGACCUUCCACAGUGUCAAGGGUGUUGGAAAAACCCACCCAGAUCCUACCCAAAUUGUCGAGCUCCCCCAUGGAACUAAGAUUCCCUUGGGAAAGCCCAAACCUGCUGACAACAACCAGACUUCUCUGCUCUACAAUGAAUACAUCGUUUACGACCAAUCCCAGGUCAAAAUCGAGUACUUGCUGAAGAUGAAGUUCAAUUACAAGUACUGAACGGAAAACUUGAUUGAAUUAUAAGCUCCCUUAUAUGGUAAUACCUCAAAUAUUUUUGUUUUUAGAUUGCCUGCCAAAAUAUAAACCUAUCAUUUUGUCAAGCUGCUAAUUGACAGUACAUUAGUUUUUGCAAGUUGCAUGACUUCUUUUGAACAAAUAAUUUUCAUCAUUACUAAAAUUAUGUUAACUGAAAUGUUCAUUCCAUUGAUGAAAAGAAAUAAAAGUUUAAGCAUGAUCGAGUAAGAAAAGC